AUGCUUCUUAACAAUCUCUUUGCGGUAGCCGCUCUGGCCAGCGCUGCCUUUGCGGCUCCGGCUGAGAAACGCCAGUCCCGUAAGAUGAAGUGGUUCGGCAUCAACGAGUCUGGUGCCGAGUUUGGCGAGACAAAGUUUCCCGGUGUUUACAACAAGGAUUACAUAUGGUAUGAUUUGAACACGCUCGAUCAAUUCAUGAACCAGGGCAUGAACAUGUUCCGCCUGAACUUCCUAAUGGAGCGCCUUACCCCGGGCUCCCUCACCAGCCCAUUCGAUGCAAACUACCUAGGCAACCUGACACAACAAGUCAACCACAUCACCAGCAAAGGCAGCUACGCCAUGAUCCAACCACACAACUACGGCCGCUUCAUGGGCAACAUCAUCACCGACACAGCCGCCUUCAAAACCUGGUGGACAAAAGUCGCCGCCGAAUACAAAGACAACGCGCUCGUAGUCUUCGACACGAACAACGAAUUCCACGACAUGGACCAAAACCUCGUCUUCAACCUCAACCAAGCCGCCAUCGACGGUAUCCGCGCUGCCGGCGCCACUAAGCAAAUCAUCACUCCAGAGGGAAACUCCUGGACCGGUGCUUGGACCUGGGUUUCCUCCGGCAACGCCGCCAGCCUUGUUAACCUGAAAGAUCCCGAGAACAAGCUCGUCUACCAAAUGCACCAGUACCUCGACACCGAUGGCAGUGGUACAUCUGCGAACUGUGUUUCCAACACUAUUUUCUCGGAGCGUCUGGCGGCUGCGACUAAGUGGCUCAAGGAUAACAAGAAGGUUGGUGUGAUUGGAGAGUUUGCGGGGGGUAACAAUGCCCAGUGUAUUGCGGCGUUGAAGGACGGUCUCAGUUACAUGCAGAAGAACUCGGAUGUUUGGAUGGGUGCGAUCUGGUGGGCGGCGGGUCCUUGGUGGGGUGAUUACAUUUACAACAUGGAGCCCCCGAGUACCGCGGGCUGGACUACGUUGUUGCCGGCCAUUAAGAGCUUCUUCGUUUAG